ACAAUUAUCACUAAUUAGGGCAGAUCCAGAUGUGCAUGGGGAUGUGUUAUUUUGGUUACACUGUUCGUUCAGCUUGGUCGGGUUGAAACGAUUCCUCAGGCAUGCUGAUCGGAAACUGAGCAGCCCAAUAGGCGAGCAAUUCGCCAUUGUCACACCCACAAUAGGCGCACAGUGAGUUUCAAUAGACGACCCCAUUCCCCGUGUUUACAUCAAGUUCGUUCAGCAGACGACAACACACACCCGCCGGAUGUGAUGUGCUCAGAAGCAGAAAUGGCGGUCACUGCAGUGGUAAAUUUUCGUGAAAAAUUUUCGGAUAACACGGGGAAGGUAUCCUUAGGACGCCAGGCAAGGACAUCUAUAGGAUCUUGUAGGACUCCUGAAACCACGAAACGAAAACUUCAGUUCAAUGGCAUUACGAGAUCAGUGUUUGAGGGUAAGACAUUUUAUUUGGAUAUUCGCUCGUCAAGAUAUGUUAAGCAGAUACGUGCUGAUGUACAUCAGCUUGGCGGCAGGAUUGAAGACUUCUUGAGCAAGGAUGUGUACUGUGUUGUGACUGAUAAUGCUGAUUUUAAAAGUGGGAAAGAGACGCUGGAUGUCUCCUAUAAGGACAGUUCUCCCACCACUGACGGGGCGGCCCCUGCUUGCAUGACAAGGGGCAAAGCCAUGCUGAUGAAAGCAGCGACAAAAGACAGAUUGACGUCUGCUGCGGACGUCUUGAAAAAUGCGCGGAACUGGGGUGUCUCUAUAAAACAUCUCGGCGAAAUAACUGCGCUGAUAAAACGCGAAAAGGCUCGAGGCUUUGGGAAAAUGUCCCCUCAAGCCCAAUCGGAAAUCGGGGACUCUGUCAGGAAUUCUCGUCGUAAGUCACAACCCCAUGUCAAAGUCAAGACUUUCAAGACGCCAUUCAUAAAGAUAGAGGAUACUUCACAUCGGUUUCGCCCUGAUCAUAAGGAGUUUGAAAUCUUUCCGUCUGUGGAUACCUCAAAGCCGGAUUAUGUUUUAGACUCUCCCUUUGUUGACUACGUGCGGGAUUCUGUCAGACUUUCUAGGGAUUUACCUGUGAGUGUCGCCCCUUGUAAGAACUCGGGCAUGACUGGCCCCCUCGCUACGGAGCCGAAACAACCAGGGAUAAAAGAUAAACCGAUUACCGGGACGUUCGAUUCCUGUAAAAACCAAGUGAACAGUGUUAAGAAAGUUGGAAAAAGCUCCAAGAAAGGAUAUUGUGAAUGUUGUUGCUCUUGGUACACUUCCCUCCAUGAACACCUGAAUAGUGAAAUGCAUCAAAAGUUUGCAAAGGAUGAUGGAAAUUUCAAAAGUUUGGACGAAUUGAUUUUGUCUUUUCCUGGAAUUUCGUCCAACAUUCAACUUUGUGGGGCAAAGUCAGACAGUUCUGACUAUAAAGUUUUGACUGAUGUGACGAACCUUUUUCCGUGUUCUGUACUAGACGGAGAAAAAUGUUCUGUUAGAGUCUCACCUAAAUUGGUCUCUCCCACGGACCGCUUCAUCAAAGACAGUGCCUGCAAGGAGCCUUCAAAAUUCUGUGAAAGGGGUCAAGAGUAUUUUGACCAGCCUCCUCACAUGGAUGGGCCGUAUCAUGAACAUGCAAGUGUUAUGCACCCCUUGCACAAAUUAGGAGACAUUGUCCAUGAACCUCUGUUGCAAUCUAAUGAGACAUGCCCAUUGCUCGUGUCUGCUGUUCCUCCACAAGGUGUCGUCAGUGGCGCUGCUGUGAAUACUGAAAAUGAUAAAGCGAAAUCGAGUGUGUGUGUCGAGAAGUCAUGUCAUUCACAGACGACAGACUCAGAUGAUAAUUGCGUUGACAGUGUAGCAGCUGAUGCGAGCGGUAAUAAAGGAGACGUUUCAAAGCAGAAUGUUUCGCAAAACCCCCCAGCCAUCCUUGCGCAUAUCUCCCCACCCGCCGCCAUCAAACUUUCUGACCCAUCCGUGUCAACAUGCCAAACGUCUGCCGAAGACACAGUGGACGGACAACCUAGCGGACAGAUGAUUCUAUUUGUUCCUUCGUGCCAGUUGAAUGCACUAAUGUGCAGUUUGGCGGACAGCGAUAAUGAAUCGCAAGAUAUUGAUAUGCAUGAUGCUAAUGAUGACGUAUUUAUGGGCCACAAUGACGUCACACCAACGUCAAGUGAAAAGUGCGGAUUUGAUUUUUGUGAUGGGGCAAAUAUUGGUGCGAAAUGUUUUUCUGGUGUUGAGACUUGUACCUCAACAGUCAAGGACGAUUCUUUCGUACGAUUUGUCGCUAAUACCAAUUUAGUACGGGACUUAGAUCUCGACGGCACUGUCCUGGGUACACCUGCCAAACUUGUAUCGAACACGCCUGCAGAGACAGUCUUGGAUACACCGCCUAGAACGAUUUUGGAUACGCCUCUUGGAACUGUUUUGGAUACUGUGAUGAUUUUAGGUUCGCCUGGAAAAACGGUCGCUGAUGAGACGGCCGUCAUUGAUACGCCUGCAGAAACGGUAGCUGAUCCGGAUACUUCUGCUGAGAUUGUCGCGGAUACUCCGGCUGAAACGGUCGUGGAUACACCUAGUGAUAAGGCCGUCUUGGAUAUGCUUGCAGAAAAUGUCUCGGAUGCGCCCAGUGACAUUCUAUUGGAUGCGUCUCCGGAAAUGAUCUUGGAUACGCCUGUAGAAAUGGUCAUGGAUACGCUUGCUGAAGCGGUCUUGAAAACGCCUGCUGAAACGGUCUUGAAUACGCCUGCUGAAACGGUCUUCGAUAAUCCAACAGAAACAAUCUUUGAUACGCCAUCUGAAACAGUUUUGGACACACCCGCAGAAAAUGUCUUGGAAACGCCCUACGAUACGGUCUUAGUUACGUCAAAAGACACAGUUUGGGAUACACCUUGUUGUACAGUCUUGGGUACGCAUGCAGAACCGGUCAUGAAUAAACCUUUCGAGACUGUCCCAGCUGUCACUACGAACGUCUUGCAAACGUCUGUAGAAGCUGUCUCGGUUACCGAAAUUAUGGAUACGCCCAUAAUGUUCGAGUUGGAUACACUUGCAGAAAUCGUUUCGGAUACAAUUCGUGAUCUGAAAUUUUCCUCCAAAUCUGUUUUAGGUAGUCCCUCUGGUGCGAAUAGCACGUGUGCUGCAUCGGUUGUGACCGCUCUCGCAAAAAACACCGCUAACGAAUCGCCUAGUUUCGAUGACGCCCUGAAUGAAUUAAAGGGGAGCAUCAUGGACAAUUCAACGGUCAUAAUAACACCUGAUGAUGUCUGCAGCACCGCUUCAAAUGAAGGCGGAACCACUUUGUCGAAUGUCGCCGAACCUUGUGUUGACGCCAUGGGGUCGUUUCCGGAAGAUGCUUCGUUGGAAACCAUUGCGUCUGCGGAAUAUUCCGAAAUCGCAGACUUACAUGUAUCACGCGUUUGUGAUGAGGACUCUGACGGUUACAGUUCUGAUACCAUCAUCAUUGGGGAUCUGGACAAUUGCGAUAUGACAAUGCUGCCCGACUCGUCUCUUGAAUGUGAAAAACCGAAUAUGCCACGUAUUAAAUUGGAUACAUCUUGUGAUAGACUGUUGAACGUGGCAUGUUUUGAUGAACAAUCCAAUGUAACAUCUCAAUCGGAUUCAACAAAUGUUAACAAUGAUUACAACACUGCAUCUGCUAAGUCGUCAGGUUUUGUAUCAAAAUCCAAACACGACUUUGUGGGCGAUUUCAGCGAUCUGUCGUCUGCCGACUACGAAGACGAUUUUGCUUGUUUUAAAGAAAUUAAGAGCAGCAUAAGUGGUGUUAUUCGGUCCCUAGAAGAGGACAAUAGGUCUGCUUCAGAAGGGUUAAUGCCGCUUGAUCUCAGUUUAAAAAAGACUCCGUCCUUUUCGACAGACUUUGGUGUGCGCUCAUCGGAACCUGAAACUAGUGUGCACUCGUCUCUAGGUUUUGCGCGCGCAAAUAGUGAAAUGAUUACAGCUGGAUUUCGUGCAGAUUCUCAAACCGAUAGUGACCACGCGAGUAAAGAAAAAUCCUGCAAAUUGGAACUUGUAUCUCGCAAUUCGUCAGAUGCUCUUGUGGACACUGAGCGCGGGGAGUCGGUUGUCAUGGACUCCGCAUCGACAGGAUAUCCCCGCAGACAUCCCGCGCAGGACAGUAACAGCGGACUUAGCCUAACGGUAGAAAAUAUUUCCGAAGGCUAUUCUAAACCGAAAUGGGAAAACACCUCAAACUCAUCCGGCCUGUCUGGUAAGGACAACGGUUUUGAAAAUGUAACAAGGCAAGGUAUACCCCUUGUACCCUGGGCAAAAACACCAAGCGGUAAGAACGCUCUGAAACCCCCUGUGCCCGAAUUGUCACAAAAGGUGGAAUACUGUGUACAAAAGCAUAUGGUAGACAGUUUGCGGCAGAGGAUUUUCGGACAAUCUGGCGCCAUGCCUGAUGACGUCAUGCAAGCAUCUGCUGCACCUCCGUCUCAUAAAUGUUGCGGGGAAAACUGCCACGUCUGCUCAGUUUAUUAUCAAUAUCAGCUGAUGUACAUGAUGCAGAUAAAUCAGUAUAAUUCCUACGGUGGUGUCACGCAAUUUGAUCCCUGCGCUAAUGUUCUGAUCCCUCCAACGCUGGCUGUACGGCGCGCUUGUGUCACACCAAAACCCCGUAAAGUUAGAAAAAUUCGAAAGAGAAAUCUCUCUGACGUCACAGAUGCAGCUCUUACUGUUCCUCCUUGGAAAGUUGGCGAGGCGAGUGAAAAAGGGACUGAUGACGUAGAAAAGUCUACUUGGAUUGUAAAACCACUCAAAAACGCGAUUUACAAAAUGGAAAUUCCUAAAAACGUGACAUCACGAGCACAUGUUGCGCCGGACAUGAACGAUUGCAAAUCGAACGCAUUUGAGGAAAACGGAAAACGUUUGUACGAAAAAAUUUGCGAACAAAAUAUCGCAUUUUCAGUACCUGAUGUGGAUUCGAGUACCGAAGGUGAAAAUGUAAAACUGUCGAGGUCUGCUUCUGAAAAUUCGAGCAGACACGCAAUCUGCCAUGACGCUUUUUCCAAAAGUCGUCUGCUUCCAGAAAACGACUCGUUUCUUGAGCAGCCGUCCAAAGCAGGGUUACCGAAGAACCCGAUUAAGGAAGACUCAUCAAGUCCAGAAUUACCUACUGCUGAAGACACUUUGAACUCUUUAUGUGAUGGGAGUACCAGUGCCAAAUUGGACCCGGAAUGUUGCUUCGGAAAAAUUCGGGAAUCUCCGGUCAUUUUAGAUGUGGCGACAGAUUUAGUGACGUCAUCACCCGAAAUAUCAAAACUCUCUGUCUCGAAGUCCAAAAAUCACUGUACUGUUCUGACACCAAAAGGUUCAGUAGGCCAACAAAAUUCCCAGUGGGCUGUUGAACAUAGCGGUGGGCUGAAAUUGAAAUUUUGUCGCGUUAUGUUGACGCCUCUAGGUGACGUCACAAAACCGGACGAGAUGUUUUCGCAAUCUGAAAAGGUGGCACCACGUAGUACAUGUACGAAAAGGAAAAGGCCGGUUUGUUCUAGGACUGGUGUGCAAUAUUGCAUGAGUGGUACAAAACGCAAAAAACGGAGAAAAUUGCAGUUUGAGUGAAAGUUUAUUCGUUUAAGCCAGGUUUUUCUAUAGUUCGAAGGUGUCCGUCUUCUCGGUCUCUGAGCCUGAUCUUGGUCAAAAAUGAAGUUGUUUACCGAUUGAUGGCAGCACCUUUUCUAUUUAUGAUAAUCCAUUUGUAGUCGCGACGGCUCCUGAUCACGUUUACUGUUCCAACGUAUAAUAUGCUGUCAGCGGUCAAAAAACGAUUAAGAAAAUGGAAAGUCUCUUUAUGUUUGGGUCCGUCGCGGUUACCAACUGCAAAGGCCCAUAUCCACAUGCGCAAUUUUGAGAGCGUUUGACGCUAAAGACAAUUUUAGUGAGGGCAGGGCAGCGCAGCGUAAAU